CAACCGGGCCUGGGAAUAGCCUCGAUUCCAGGCCGCCUUUCUCUCCGCAGUGCUACGCUGUGCCAAAAAGUGCACGUGACUGUUAGCCUAUGAGGCAUCUGUUACUAAUGGUUACAACGCCGGCAUACCUACUGUACACCUAUUUUCGGAACAAGCUUCUUGCCAGUACAGUUAAACCUGUUCUCACUGUUAUUUUCCCUGAUAAUCUGAUAAUGGCCAAGACAUUGAAAUCAACUCCUGAAGCCUCUAAAAGAGUGAUAAAACUGCGAAGUGGUGCACUCAAGUCCUCUCUCAGUGAUCCUCGACUUCUAGUGGCAAAUAAGAAAUCGAUCUAUUCACCCGAGCGACUUCAACAGCAGUCAACUGAGACGAAAAAUGUCAAGUACAUGUAUAAAGGUCCUCCUGGUACUCCUCCCACUCCGAACAAAAGAAUUAUUGACAUUGUUCAUAAGCUCAAGUCUUGUCCAAGAAACUGCCUCCUUCACCUGCACCAAAUACGAAAUGAGCUCCCAGCUGAACUGGACAAACUGACCACUACUCUUCAAAAAGCCAGCUCUGCAGUAAUCAACCUAAGCCCAAGACAGCUGUCUGUCGAGAACACCGAGAAAGCGGCAAAGCUGUUGUCACAUGGUCUGUCUCUGACUAGAAAAUUCCGCGGAGAACGAGCAAGUGGUGCUGCAUACAAGCGUGUUGGGAGAGUGAAAAGACUGCUUGUUGUGGGAGUGAGCGCGGCUGAAGCUCUCACUAAAGCACUCACAACAGAAGAGAUGGAGGAGAACAAUGAAACUUUACAAGUUACAGGACAGGAGCAAUUGAGUUUUCAGAAAACGAACGAUGACACUCGGCAGGCAAUCAGUGAGCUACUGUGGACAACAAGGAAGGAAGUGGAGGAGAAACAAAAAACUCUCUUGAAUUCCACAAAGAAUUCCACAAAGCUGCAAGGCAUUAAAAAGCCGUUGAAGAGCAUCCUAAAAAGCACGAAGAAGCUCACUAGCGCUGGCGUAUCUUCUCUAAUGGGAAAUCUGGUCUCUAUCAAUGCAAUUCUCAGACCUAAUGUACAGACCGAUGAUCUUAUAAGAUGCCUGGAUAGCUCAUUUAAAACUGUCAAGUACGAUUUCUCCAAGUCAAUGUAUACCGUUGCCAGUCAGCUAUCCAAAUCUUUCUUGACUGUGACUACUGCAACUGCUGACGAGAAGCAGACUUCCCACCAGGUCCUCACAGACGGAUCAGUGAGGUUUACACUUUUUCCUGGUCGCCUCACUAAAGUGCUUGAGGAGAGAAAGAAAAAUGGACAAUCAAUGAUUUUUGCCAAUACCCUAGACAAAGGAAAAUGCGAUAACCCAACCUGUUUUAUUAAGAAAGGCAGGCUGACAAGCUUGGUUCAAAACAAAGAAAUUGUUUGUACUGCUGCCAAACGAUUUGCAGAGAAGAUAAGACAAUCUCUUCAUGAUCGUUCAGUGCCGACCAAGUCCACGGGUUGUGACGUCUACAGAGUAACACUCGACAUAGACUGUGCCAGUAGCACGAAACACAGAACUGAUCAUGACUUACAUGAACUAAAAUGUGUGUAUAUAUAGUACGUGUGUGUUGUGUAUAACUGUUUUCUGUACUCGUAUAAUUUCUUAUUUUGUAAAAUUA